AUGUCGGAAACCACGCCGGAAACAAUGUCGGAAACAACGCCGGAAUCAACAUCGGAACCAACGCCGGAAACAAUGCCGGAAGCUACGCCGGGAACAAUGCCGGAAGCAACGCCGGAAACAAUGCCGGAAAACCCGAUAACACCAUAUCUUUCCUCCUUAGAAAGUAAUGAGUUUACCCAGCACAUUCUACCGGAACACAUUUUGCCCAAGCUCCCUGCUAAAACCCUAGUUAGAUUCAAAGCAGUUUGUAGCAAAUGGAGGACUACAAUUGAGACUCCUGAAUUCGCGAGAGCUCAUCUUCUUCAGUAUCCAAAUAUCAGGUCUGUAAUAUCGAUUGAUUACCAUGCUUCUUUUACAGCUCUCAACUAUCAAGAUUACCCUAAUUUGGAUUUCACCGAUUUCAAGAAGCAUUAUAAAGAUGAAUCUCCUUAUAUAGUUGAGUCUUGUAAUGGAUUACUCUUGUUGAUUUGCUCAAAGGAUGAUUCUGAACCUGUUAACAAACAACUUCCUGAUCAUCUUCUUUACUUUCGCUUUUAUUUUGUGGUUUAUAAUCCAUUUCUUGGUCCUGCUUCUUCAAUUAGGAUUGACCCACCAGAAAAUUUUCUUCUUAAAACGGAAAUAGAUGAUGCUAAGGACUAUAAUUUUGGGUUUGGUUAUUCUUUUUCCCGAGAUGAUUACUUUAUCGUCGCUGUUAAUUCUCGUAUGAUUGCGAAUCUGGAUAUAACUGUGCAUCUAUACUCUUUACAAGACCGGCGAUGGAUCAGAAUAGACAUUUCGAGUACUGUCAAGCCAAUUAUAGAGUUUGCAAUUCCGUGGUAUAAUUUGAGUGGCAUCCUGGUAAAUGAAUUGUUGCACUGGCCUGUGAAUGCUGUGAUUUCGAAAAGUUGUCAAGAAAUGAUUGCUGUAUUUGAUUGGUUUGGUCAGGACCAGUUUAAGACUAUGCCAUUGCCACGUGAAGUCUUUGGAGAAUUUGAUGAUUAUCGUUCAACGUUUGGUCUAUGUCGCCUGAAUGAUUGCUUGUGUGCUUGGGCGCUUUACAAUGAUCGAACAGUAGUAGAGAUGUGGAUGAUGAAAAUAUAUGGUAUAGACGGUUCAUGGACAAUGUUGUUUCGUUUUGAUAUGUUGGGAUUUUUGGGUGUAUAUGAUGGCAUAACAAAUUUCUUUGGAUUUAACCGUUCUGAAAUGGCAUUGAUCCUGUCAUGUACUGAUGAGCUCAUGCUUGCUGAAUUUUAUCUCGAUCCUCCUGUCUAUACAAGUUUUAAAUUCAAAGAGCAGGUUAAGGCAGUGAAUUAUGAUGCAAGCUUCAUGUCUCCUCUUUUAUUAAGCCCGCCACAGGAUCAAGAUUAG